CCUUAUGUGUACAUAGUUAAGAUACAAAAUGAAGAACAAAUACCAAUUUCUUGUGCUAGCCCUUCUCGUACAGGCUGUCUUCAGCAACUGCCCUGACGGUUGGGUAAAACAUGGUGGAGAAUGCUACCACUUCAGUCGAGAUGUGGAACCCUACUUUAUUGCACGGAUUGCUUGUCAAGUUUUGGGAGGAUCACUUGUAGUUAUUGAGAUGGCACAGAAAAACACAUUUAUCGCUAAUCAAAUACAAUACUUGCCAAACCCUGCUUACUGGAUGGAUCUGAACGACCUCCAAGAGGAAGGUUCGUGGGUGUGGCAGAAAACCGGAAACGCCCCAGAGUACACACAAUGGCAUCCAAAUUAACCAAACAAUGCUGGGCACGAGGAAAAUUGCGCCGUCAUUAAUAAAGCUGAUGGAACAUGGAAUGACGAACAUUGCGAUACUAAAUUCCACUACAUAU